GUGGAAUCCGGGUUCGAGCAGAGUACGACAGGAGGGGACAAGGAAUCGCAACGCAGUCUCCUGCUGCCUGUCGCCGCCGUUUGCUGCCUGGUUUUGCUCGUCCUAGGAAUAGUAAGCGCCGUGAGCCUCUUUGGAAGUUCCGAGGCGGUCGAUCCGGAAGCGGGCGGCGGCGGUGGCGAUGGCAAAGCGGACUCGGGAGAUGCUAAGUACUCCAAGUCUUCCCAACCGGGGCCACAGACUGCAAGAACGUCGAAAACGCCACCUACAGGGAAAGCAGCAACGACACCGACGAUGAAGCCUACGACGCUGAAAACUACAGAGGCUAAGACUGCGCCCAGCGCCACCAGGACGCCCAAAAAGCCCCCAACGACAACCAAAAAGCCCCCAACGACAACCAAAAAGCCCCCAACGACAACCAAAAAGCCCCCAACGACGCCAAAGGUUACCACGACGACAACAAGAAUGCUUCCGGAACUCCUGUGCACGGUGGGAGACCUGGCCGUGCUGCCGGCCAUGUACCCGUACGACGGUAUGUGCGACUACAUCUUCUACACGAACGUCUACAUCUACAACGGUCAACUGACAUCCACAAGAGUGCUACGUAGCUUCGAGCUGUUCAAGGCGAAGACAAAGAAGUAUUCACAAACCAAGGGAGGCGUUUCGUUUGACAUCAGAUACAUCGAAUCGAGUACCCUCGCGGCGAGGCGACAGGCGCUCACCGGACUUAGCGCUUACAGGAUUCACCACUACGGCUUCCUCACCAUGAUCGCCCCGACGCCGACUCUCGAGCAUUGGCUGAGAAAGGCGAAGGACAUCUUUGGGCAAUUUAAGUCGAUCCAAGGUAACGACAGUUCGAAAAAAACAGUUCUGGCUCUGGGCACCUGGGGUUCCGGCAUAAGAUCUGUCUGGCAGAGCUUCAAAAAGCUUGUCGAAAGAGCCACCGAAGCAUCCUUCAAGGCGGACAUCGUGAUCAUGAUCUCGUCUACUAACUUGCUGUACAACACAAGCUCGUGCUCAGCCGUCCCCCCGAACGUCAUCACCUCCAGGAACCCCAUGUAUCCAUCCCUGGAAACGUACUCAGAACUAGUCAAGGCGUCGUACCCGUACAGCAACAAGCUCAUCGAAGUCGGCCUCUCGAUGGAAUUCGCAGCCAACGUGUACAAACUCAAGAGAGAGCCGAAAACAAUUGACGACGUCAAUCUGUACGAACCCUGCAUUUGGCAUUCGAUCGGAUCGAUCACAGUGGCCUGCAGGAAACGGUCGAGCUACAAAAUAGUGUUCGAACCUGAAACGGUGCUCACUAUGCAAGAUGGCGCCAAGGACGUCGUCUACAUGCACGACAGCCAAAGAACCUUCAAUGUCAAAGUGAAGUACAUAAUGCGUCUUCAAAGAUGGCCUCACUUUGCGUGGCUUGUCUACAACGUACACAUGGCCGACAUAACAAAUAGGUGCAACUACAGAGGCCCGUUCUACCUGCUUGGAGAUAUGAAGAACGCUUUCAGAGGUUGAACGGGUGGAUCAACGGAGCGGUAAUAAACGCUAUCUUUCUUAAACAACUA